CCGGUCAAACCAAACCGCAACCCGACCAAUUUUCUGAAUUUCACCAAAACGCCACCGUUUGGGUUGAGGAAUUACCCAACGUCCCAACCCUAACUCUCCAAAACGGCAAACACGCGCAGCACUCCCAUCAGGUCAUCACCCUUCCUCUCAUCGUCAUUGAGCUCCUCCCUCACUUUCGUCCAGCCACCGGCAAGCCACCGCCACCGUCGCAACGUGGUUCCCCUCCAUCAUGCAGCCAUGCUUGAGCUUCGAAACCACCAUAGCCGACCUCGUCUCCUGCCUCCGUCGCGCAGCCAUUGUCCCGCCGGCGCCAACUCUGUUCCACCGCGUCAGUCCUUUGGUCAUGCCCUAUCCCCGUCUCCCCUUCUUGCUGCUGACCUGCUCUGCUCUAGCAUCUAGUUCUAGCCACGCUUCACUUAAGGGACACUCUUCAAGCCGCCAAGGAUUUCCUCACCUUCGCUGCUGAUUGCAGUAAGAUUUUCAUGGAGGAAAGGGCCAUUCUUCAAAAUCCAGCAAACGAGUCGCAAAUGAAAGGAAUCAUCAGACGCCUGUUAUCUUGAUGAUUUUCGAUGUCCUGUUUCUCUUGAAUUGAUGAAGAAUCCUGUCAUUGUUUCAACAGGACAGAGAAAGGUUGCGUCCCAAGGUAUUUGAUCUUUCAAGCAUAUCGAUUUGUCUUCUUAUUCGCCCAGUCUAACUCGAAGGAAAAGUCUCAGCUCUUGAAUCAAAACAGUCAAUGGAAAUUCUAAUUUCUCUUGCCGGAAAAGUGGCAGACUAUACUGUGGGUGCCAUUGGAAGGCAAUUCAGUUAUGUAAUAUUCUACAAAGCCAAUUUUAAGGAGUUGAGUGACCGUGUUACUGAUCUUGAAGGUAAAAGAGAUGAAACCAAGCAUCGUGUUCAGAACGAAAGAAGGGAUUUGAAAAAAAUUGAAGGUCGUGUGCUGAAAUGGUUGGACGACGCGGAUGAAGCCAUUGGGAAGGCAAAUCAGCUUCAAAAUGAUCCUGGUCAUGCAAAGGUUGGGUGUUCCAGGUGGCCAUUUCCUAAUGUGGUGGCACGCCAUCAGUUAAGUAGAAAAGCCACAAAAGUUGCCAAAAAUGUUGCGGAUGUACAUGGGGAAUGGAACUUUCCCGAAGUAGCUUAUGUUCUUGAACCUGAUAUAGCCUCAACCUCUAUUCCAAGUAGUAGUAAAAACUUUGAGUCAAGAAAAUCUAUUCAGGAUAAUGUCAUGCAUGCUCUAAGAGACCGCAAAGUAAGCAUGGUUGGAGUCUACGGGUUUGGUGGUGUGGGUAAGACUACUCUCGUUGAUGAAGUUGCUCGAAUAGCAGAGAAGGAAAACAUGUUUGAUUCAGUGGUCACCAUAUACAAAACCCUAGACAUCAAAACAGUUCAAGAGAAGAUAGCUGCUAAGUUGGGUCUUCGUUCUUUUGAAGCGCAAACUAUUGGUGUUAGAUUAAAUCUCCUACGGGAGAGAAUCAAACGGGAGAAAACUAUCCUUCUCAUAUUGGAUAAUAUUUAUGAAGCCUUUGAGUUGAAAAAAGUAGGCAUUCCCUCUGAGGAAGAACAUAGUGGUUGCAAAAUAUUGAUGACUUCUAGAAAUUUAGAUUUGCUACGGCAGAUGGGGGUCAAGAAAGAGCAUUUUAGACUAGACGUUUUAAAUGAAGAAGAAUCAUGGAGCUUGUUCAAAUCUGAAGCUGAUAAUUUAGACAGAGAACCAGACAAGCAUGGAGUUGCAUUCCGAUUGGCAAAAAGGUGUGGAGGAUUGCCUAUUCUCAUAGUUACUACAGCGAAGUCAUUGAGAGAUCAAAACAUUCAUGUGUGGAAAGAUACAUUGAACCAAUUAGAAAAGUUUGGGGAUGAACAAUUGCAGGAGAUAACUUACUCAGCUUUGGAGUUAAGUUAUAAAAGGCUAAGAGGCUAUGAAAUGAAAGCUCUUUUCUUGCUCUGUGCAACAAUUGGUGAAUAUAUUACAAUUGAUUACCUAUUCAAAUAUGGAAUGGGUCUAGGUAUAUUCAGCAAUACAAAUACAAUGGAAGGUGCCAGAGAUAGACUUCACAACAUGAUAAGUGCAUUAAAGGCAUCCUGUUUGUUAGUAGAAGAUGGCACAAGCACAACAACGGUCAAAAUGCAUGAUGUUGUUCGUGAAGUAGCUAUUUCCAUAGCCCUUAGAGAUCAUCACAUAUUAGCUAAAUACAGAGAUGAUUUGAAAGAAUUUCCACCAAUGGAUAUUCUUAGCGAGUGCUCCCAAAUCAUUUUGUUCCAAGGUGGUUUCCGCGAGCUUCCUGAAAAGUUAGAUAAUCACAAUCUAAAAUUUCUCUAUUUGUGUAAAUUUGAUCUAUCUCUAGAAGUCCCUAAUUCCUUUUUUGAGGGAACAAAAAUCCUUGAAGUUUUAGAUUUAACAGGCUUGAACUUAGCUUCACUGCCCACUUCUUUUCUUUUCUUAACUAAUCUUAAAACUUUGUGUUUGGAUCAAUGUAUUCUGGGAAAUAUUGAUGCAGUAGGAGCUUUAAAAAAUUUAGAAAUACUCAGUCUCUGGAAGUCAUCCAUGAUGAAACUUUCAAGAGAAAUAGGGAAAUUGACUCGUUUAAAAAUGCUUGAUUUGAGUCAUUCUGGAAUUGAAAUCAUCCCACCAGGCAUCAUAUCAAGCUUGAUCAAAUUGGAGGAGUUAUACAUGGGCAAUACCUCCAUUAAGUGGGCGGUUGAGAAUCCAUACGAUCAAAAUGAAAAUGCCAGCCUCGAUGAACUUCGACAAUUGUCAAACCUAACAGCUCUAGAGUUACAAAUACAAGAGGCACGGAUGUUGCCAAGAGACUUGAUAUUUGAUAAAUUAGAAAGGUUCAAAAUUGUUAUUGGAGACAUCUGGGAAUGGGCUGAUAUUGAAGAUCCCACAUUGAAAACAUUGAAGCUCAAGCUUGGCACCAAUAUUCACUUGGAGCAUGGGAUCAAAGGAUUGAUUAGAAGAGCUGAAAAUUUGUAUUUGGAUGAAGUUGGAGGCAUUCGGAAUCUACUCUAUCAAUUGAAUGGAGAUGGGUUUCCUCAACUGAAGCACCUCCAUGUCCAAAAUAAUGCCAUAAUUAAGCACAUCAUUGAUUUUACAGAGAGAACUCGUAUUCCAACACCAUUUCAAAACUUGGAAAAACUGGUGAUUCAGAAUCUCAGUAAGAUGGAGAAAAUUUGUCAUGGGCCACUUGCAAUUAAUUCCUUUGCCAAGCUCCAAGCCAUCAAAGUUGAAAAUUGUAAUAAAGUGAAAUACCUUAUCUCUGUUUCCAUGCUUAAAGGCAUGUCUCAUCUUUCAGAGCUCGAAGUUUCUCAAUGCAAUCUUAUGAAAGAAGUAGUGUUUGACGAUGGUGAUGCAAUUGCGAUGAAUGGCGAAACUGGUGAAACCAUUCAGUUUCCAAGGCUCCAUUCUCUGACUUUACAACAUUUGGAUGAGCUUGAAAGCUUUUCUAAUCAGUCAACGUCAUUUCCUGUACCCCUUUUCAACAAUCAAGUUUCAUUUCCUAAUUUGGACACUCUCAAAUUGAGCUCACUUAAUUUGAACAAAAUUUGGAAAGAUAAUCGACACUCUUUUUAUAAAUUGAGAAAUCUGAUUGUUGAAAAUUGUGAUGGUUUAAAGUAUUUAUUCUCAUCUACUAUGGUGGAGAGUUUUUCAAACCUCAUAGAGCUUGAAAUAAGUGAAUGCCAUCUAAUGGAGGAGAUAAUAGCUACAGAAGACAGGGACAACAAUAUUGUCACACUAAAAGAGGUUGGAUUCUCCAAAUUGCAAACAAUUAUCUUGAAGGACAUGAAGAGUUUGAAGAAAAUAUGGCACAGUGAAUUUUCUAAAGUGAAGACAUUACAAGUAAAAAAUUGUGAGAAAAUUAGAGUAAUUUUUCCUUCUUCGAUGGAGAAAGCAUAUAAUGGUCUAGAAACAUUAAUGGUUGCUGACUGUGAUUUGGUGGAAGAGAUAUUUCAACUGAGUUCCGAUGAAAACAGUGGUCUAGAGCAAACACAACUGAAAAAAAUUACUCUAGAAAGAUUGCCAAAACUAAAACAAACAUGGAACAAGGAUCCUGAAAGAGCUCUUAAUUUUGGUAAUUUAGAGGAAAUAAAUGUGAUGAGCUGUAUAAACUUGGAAUCGGUAAUUCCAUGUUCAAUAGCCACGAGUUGCUCACAUCUUAAAGAACUUAGAAUUAAAUGGUGUGGAAGUUUGAUGGAAAUUGUUGCAUUAAAGGAAGAACCCACGUGCUCAACUAUUUUCUUUGAGUUUAGCCAUCUAAGUACUUUGGUGCUUUGGAACUUAGAUAAACUGAAAGGAUUCUAUGCAGGAAAUCACACAUUGACAUGUCCAUCUUUGAGGAUAUUAGAUAUUUCAGGAUGUGUGAAAUUGAAUUUGUACAGAACUCUUUCUACAAGUUGCCAUCAACAACUUCCAGACGAAGAAUACAUUAUUUCAACACAGCAACAUUUGGUAGCUGAAGAGGUAAUACCGAACUUGGAGCACUUGAGAAUAGACGAAGCGGAUGCUGACAAUUUAUUCCAAUCCCAAAACAUACGUUCUCUCUUCAACAAUAUAUCAUUUCUUAGUCUGUCUAGGUACGAGAAGGAAGUUUCUACUUUUCCCGAUCAGGUUCUGCAGAAUAUAAGCUCGUUGAAGUGGCUACUCAUUGAGUUGAGUUCCUUUAAGAAGAUAUUUCAAGAUAAAAGACUUCCAAAUGAAAAAAAUUGUACAAAGAUCCAAAAGUUAUCACUGAAUCAGCUACCAAAUCUUCAACAUAUAUGUGAAGAAGGAUUGGAAAUUGACCCAGUUCUUCAGCUACUUGAAUAUUUAUUUCUUGAUGAGUGUUCAAGUUUGAUAAACCUAGUUCCUUCCUCUGUUACCUUUUCCUAUUUGACCUUCCUUGAGGUAGUAAAUUGCAAUAGCAUGAUAAACUUACUUUCACCUCCUACAGCAAGAAGUCUAACCAAGCUCACAGAAAUGAAGGUAAAACAAUGUGAUUCACUUGAGGAAAUAAUAUCAAAAGAGGGAGAAGAGAUAACAAAUGACAUUUCAUUUUUCUGUCUGGAAACUUUGGUGUUGGAUUGUUUACCAAGACUCGGUAGGUUUUGCUCUCAAAAGUGCUUCCUAAAGUUUCCAUUAUUGGAGGAUGUAGUAGUUACGGCAUGUGAUCGCAUGAAGUACUUCUCUGAGGGGAACACAAUAAGCACACCAAAGCUUCGAAAAGUGUUAAUAGCAGAGAAUAAUAAAGAAUUUUAUUGGAGGAAAAACUUGAAUGACACCAUCAAAAACAUGUUUGAUGAUAAGGUACGUAGUCUCAAGAAUUUGAAUCUAUCAGAACAUCCCGAGCUAAAAGAGUUAUGGUAUGGCCAACUUCAGAAUAAUAUAUUCAACAAUUUGAAGAAGGUAGUGGUUCACAAGUGUGACUUUUUAUCAGAUGUGCUCUUUUAUCCGAAUUUAAUAGACAUGCUUGUGAAUUUGGAAGAAUUAGAUGUAAGAGACUGUCAUUCUCUGGUAGCUGUAUUUCAUAUUGUGAACUCAACAUUUUCUGAAGAAACUAAGCCAAGGAAAUAUUCUCUUUUGAAAAAGUUAACUCUUGGUAGUCUUCCAAAUUUGAUGCAUAUUUGGAAGGAAGAUCCUAGUACAACUUUGAGCUUUCAAAAUCUAUGUGAUGUCUCUGUUGUGGAUUGUCCAAGCUUAAAAAGUCUCUUUCCACUCUCUGUGGCUACAAAUAUGGUCCAACUUGAAGACCUUGAAGUAUUAAGAUGUGGAAUUGAAGAGAUAGUUGAUAGUAAAAGAGAGCCAAGGGAGAUGAUUAAAUUUGUGUUUCCUCAUUUAAGGAAACUGUGGCUAAGAAAUAUGUCUAAACUGAGGACAUUCUUUUCUUGCAUUUAUUCUAUUCAAUGUGAAUCUUUAAAAGAUUUAAAUGUGUUCGACUGUCCAAAAUUGAGGCUAUUUCAGACUACAUAUCUCAGUUGCCAAGAAAGAACUACGGAUGAGAAGAUCUCUAUCCCUGUGCAUCAACCUCUUUUCACAGUUGAAGAGGUACUUCCAAAUUUGAAUGCUUUGACAGUGAACAAUAAUGAUAUUGAUGUUAUAUUGCAAAGCAUGUAUUCAGAGGACCAAUACAACAAACUUGAACGUCUGAGAGUGACCACAUUUGAAAAUGAAGGCGCCACAUUUCCAUAUUGGUUUUUUGAAAAAGCAGAGAGUUUGGAAUCACUAAUUGUUGAAUGGAGUUCUUUUAUAGAGAUAUUUCAUGAUCAGAGAGUUGCUAGUGAGGACGGACAAGUCACAAUUAGCACACAGCUAAGGAACCUUACUCUAUAUCAGCUACAUGACCUUCAUCAUAUAUGUAAAGAAGGAUUUCACAUUGACCCCAUUCUUCAACAUCUUGAAAAGAUAGAUGUUGAUCAGUGUUCUAGUCUGAUAAACUUGGUGCCUUCUUCUGUUACCUUUACUUACUUGACACAUUUGGAGGUAGCAAACUGUAAUAGAAUGACCAAUUUGAUGACAUGCUCAACAGCCAAAAGUCUUGUCAACCUCACAACAAUGACGGUUGAAUCGUGCAAUUUACUAGAAGAUAUAGUGAAUGCAAAAUAAAAUGAGAAAGACAAAGAAAUUUCAUUCUGCAGCUUGGAGACACUAGAACUUGUGUCUCUACCAAGGUUGCAUAGGUUUUGCUCAUGCCAAUGCUCCCUUCUAUUUCCAUUGUUGGAGAAUGUAUUUGUGAAAGAAUGUCCUCAAAUGGAAAUUUUCUCUACGGGAAACACAAGCACACCAGAUCUUCAGGAAGUUCAAAUAGAAGAAAAUAAUGAACAAAAUUAUUGGGAGGCAGACUUGAAUAGAACAAUAAACAAAAUGUUUAUGGAUAAGAUAUCAUUUUGUAGAUUCACACAUUUGACCUUGUCUGAUUAUCCAGAGUUGAGAGACUUUUGGUAUGGCAAAGAAUAUCAUAAUUUAUUUGGCAAUUUGAAAUCUCUAGUGGUACAAAAAUGUGAAUUUUUGCUAGACGUUCUUUUUACGUCAAACACAUUACAAGUUCUACAUAAAUUAGAAGAACUGGAAGUAUGGAAUUGUGAUUCAUUAGUAACAUUGUUUGAUGUGAAAGAAAUGAAGUCUAAUGGAGCAAUGGUGAAACAAGCUAGCAAAUUGAAAAAAUUAACCUUGUCUAGCUUACCAAAGUUAAAGCACAUAUGGAAUGCAGACCCAUACGAAAUUGUUAGUUUUGAAAACUUGUGCACAGUGGAAGUUGUUGAGUGCAAAAGUUUGAUCUAUUUAUUUCCAUUGUCAGUAUGUCUUGAUCUCCCAUAUAUUGAAAAGUUGAAUAUAUAUUCUUGUGGAGUUGAAGAAAUUGUUGCAAGGAAGGAAGAAACAACUCAAAUCACCUUUAGCUUUCCUCACUUGAGUUAUUUGAGAUUUAGACAUCUGGAAAAUCUCAAGAGUUUCUGUUUUGGAAAAUUUACCUUAGAGUGCCCUUCAUUAAAGACAUUAAAUGUAUCUCAAUGUGAAGCACUGCAAAUGUUUACCUUCAACAAUUCAAUUCUCCAACAGCCUCAUCAGACAAAAGAAAUCCCCCCUAUUCCUCAAGCACUCUUUUCUAUUGAAAAGCUAAGCUGCAACUUAUUGGAAGAAUUAGCACUAAAUGGCAAGGAUGCAAUGAUGAUAAUCAAUGGCCAUAUGGAAGAAGUUAAAUUUCCGAAAGUAAAAUUUCUUCGUAUGGAAUGCGUUCAUGACACACAACUUACUUGUUGGAAUGAUUUGCUUGAAAUAUUUCCUAAUGUAGUGAAUCUUCAAGUAAGAACAAGUUCUGUGCAAACAUUGUUUCCUGUUGAAGAAACAGCUCAUUGCAAUACAACAAUUGCUCAACAAGUGAAGGAAUUGUAUCUUAAUGAUAUGGAACAUCUCAAACAUAUUUGGCAUGAAGACUUUCUAUCUGAUCAACUUGUCCCUCGAAAUCUUGAGAGUUUAAUCAUUGAUACUUGUCCUAGUAUGGUAAACGUCGUUUCAUAUUCAGUGUCAUUCCAAAAUUUGAAAGAGUUGUCUGUUGAAAACUGCAAAGGGAUGACUCAUUUGAUAACAUCAUCCAUUGCUAAAAGUUUAGUGCAACUAGAAAGGCUCUUCGUGAUCAAUUGUGAGAUGAUAAAGGAUGUUGUGAAUGUUGAUGAAGAAGAAGAAGCAGAGGAAAAUAUCAUAUUUGAGAACUUGGAAUACUUAAAACUCUCUAUUCUGAAUAGUUUGAGAAGUUUUUGCUAUGGAAAACAUGCACUCAUAUUCCCAUCUUUGAUAGAGUUCGUUGUUGAAGAAUGCCCUCAAAUGGAGAUUUUUUCACCAGGAUCCAUUAUAGCACCAUUUUUGAGGGAAGUUGAAGUGGAAAAUAAAAGAAAGCGGUGGAAAGAUGAUCUUAACACUACUAUUGAACAAUUAUUCAAAGAAAUUCAGUAAUGCAGGCCCAAAAGCAAAGUUUGCAGUAGCCCAACAAAUUGAAACAAAGAAAUCAGGUAGGCUGAAUGAAAAGUGAUUCACCAACCAAGCCCAUUGCAUCCCAAAGAGAAAGGUAACUCCAAAGCUGAGUCUCAGCAUUGUUCUUCUUCGAGUAAACACGAGAGAAAGAGAAAGAGAGCUUCACAGUCAAAGUUUAUAUACCAGAGAAGAAAGAAAGAGAAAGGUUAACAAAGAAAGCAAAGUCCAAUCACGCUAAUUAAAGGCAUGUUAAGCUAAGUCAGAAGUUAAAGAUAAAUUUAUUUCUUUUUGCAUGCAAGUUGAUUUCUUCAUUUCUUCUCCUACUCUCUGUAAUACCAAUUUGGGAUAAAUGGAGAAAUUAAGUUCUGAUUAUCUCUACUGUGAAUCAAAGACUCAAGUUGUUACUUGGGACCAAAACACAUUUUUAAGGGUUUGGAUUUGGGAUUAUCACUGAGGAAUAUCAUCUCUGCUGCUCUGUUUCCCUCAGUCAAGCAAAUAAUUCAAAUUUGAAAUCUCUAAUUUAGGGGUUGAUUGAAGAAAAGAGGGGGUGAUUGAUCAAAGCUCAAAAUCCAAGAAGUUGACUCAAGAGGAAUCCCAACCGUGGCUCAAACUAAGGUACAAAAGGAAAAUUGGAAUCUGUUUUGAAAAGAGAGGAGAGAGAACCCGAAUUGAGAGAAGAAAGAAACCUCACUCUUGAGUUUGAAGUUUUGAAAGCAUUGCACCUACACUAAAGAGAGCACUCCGCUAAGAUAAAGAACAAAGUUGAGUUCAGAUGCUGGGUUUAGUGCAUAGAGUUAAAGCUGUGAUUCAUCAAUCUCUUUCAUGUAUUACUGUUUUGUAUUUCAGUUUCAGUGUAUAUCUUUCUUAGUUUUCUUUGUGAGGUAAAAGGAAAGAAAGAGAAGCAUUUAGAAAAAGCCAUAGAAUGAAAAAGGCCGAGAGAUACACUUUUUCAAAUUUCUAUUGGUUGUAUUUUCUGUCUUGUGACAUAUAUCUGAGAGGUAUUCCUUGCUAACUUGGAUAAGCACUUAGUGUGGUAAGUCUAGGUAUUAACAUAGGCAAGUCAAGUUUAUGUUGAAGUUUGUGUGCCCAGAUAGGAUUGAGUUGAGUCUUAGGAAAUUAGUGUAUGUAAUACUUGGAUUAUAGUGAAAAUUUCACCAAUGUUGUGGUGAAAAUUAGUGUAUGUAAUACUUGGAUUAUAGUGUAUGUAAUACUUGUAGGUUGUAUUGCACAAGACAACUGAACCAGGAUAUAUGGCUGUGUCAUCUUCUUCUUUUUCUCUGUUUUAGUUCUGUUUUCUGGUUUU